GUGGAAUUAGCCAAUUCAACUCUCGGGAGGGAUGCGUCGGUGCAUGGCGACCCUCGCGCGGCCGAUGCGGUACCAUCUGACCGGCAUGGGCGCCAACGUCCAGUGCAGCAUGGCCCGCGACGCGUCGAUCACGAUGGCGACCGACGUGCCACGGCGCAUGGGCGGCUCGGACGCGGCGCCGCAGCCCAUCGAGCUCUUCCUCACGUCGCUCUGCGGCUGCGAGCUCGCGACAGCCACGUUUGUCGCUCGCCACAUGACUCCGCGCGUGCACGUCGAGAAGAUUGAGUUUGACGUGUACGCCGAGCGCGACAGCCUCGGCGCGCUGCAGCUACCAUUGACGACCGACCCAGCGACCAUGCCUGUCGCCCGCCUCGCGCGCGUCUGGGGCACAGCGACCGUGUACACGACCGCGUCGCAGGCGCAAGUGACCGAGCUCUGCGACCACGUCAAGCGCCGCUGCCCCGUGGCCAACAUGGCCGUGCUCUCCGGUUGCGCACUCGAGAUUGACUGGGGGCAGAAGACGCCCUCGAGUGGGUCCAGUGCUCAUUAAAUCAACUAGUGUCCUGCGCUUUAUUCGCCCAGUACGUUUGCAGUACAUCGGGAUGGCCUCGGAAGCGAC